GUAAUUUUAUACUAUUUGUCUCUAUCACAUACAACUUUAUUAUUUUUUAAUUCUUGUGGGAAUAAAAUUUCAAAGGCAGGAACGGGAAGUCCACCAAAAAGGUGUUAUUGUAAGGAAUCAAAACAUGUCACGUAAUCACUAAGAAUUAUAUUGUAAUUAUUUUUAAUCCAAUUCUUAUUAAUUACCUUUUUUUUAUUAAGGUCACUUGUACUUGUCUCUGUCUCUGCAAGUCUCAUCAGAAGAGGAAGAGAAUCAAUGGCGAGUUGCUUCAGCUACGUGUCUUCUCGUAACAAAUGUUACCAAUACAGCUUCUCUCGUGCUGGUCUCCGAUCAUCUACCUCCGAUCUUGGCGACGGCACCGUCUUCCACUGUUGGAUCCCACUUACUCACAUCCACACCAAGCCCACGCUCCUCCUCCUUCACGGGAUCGGAGCUAACGCUAUGUGGCAGUGGGACCGCUUCAUCGACCGUUUUAUCCCCCGCUUCAACGUCUACGUACCGGACCUCAUCUUCUUUGGCGACUCCUACACCACUCGUCCCGACCGCUCAGAGUCUUUCCAGGCGACUUGUGUCAUGAAGGCGAUGGAUGCUUACGGUGUUAGGACCAUGACCGUCGCUGGCCUCAGCUACGGUGGUUUUGUGGCCUACUCCUUGGCGGCGCAGUUUAAGGAGAGGGUAGAUCGAGUUGUGCUAAUAUGCGCCGGUGUUGCUCUGGAGGAGAAAGACUCGGAGGAUGGUAUGUUCAAAGUGAAGAGCCCGGAGGAAGCGGCGGCUGUUUUGUUUCCUCAGUCUCCUUCGAUGCUCCGGCGGCUUCUCCAGUUAUCUUUCUAUAAACCGCCGAUUUGGAUCCCUUCUUGCUUUGCCAUGGACUACAUUCAUGUAAUGUGUAAAGACUAUCUUCAAGAAAGGAAAGAACUUGUGGAAGCUCUGCAUAAGGGUAGAAGAUUCGCCAAUCUUCCAAAGAUAACACAGCCGACAUUGAUGAUAUGGGGAGAGGAAGAUCAAGUAUUUCCAGUUGAAUUAGCUCAUAGAUUGAAAAGAUAUUUAGGGGAAGACAGAGCACAAUUGGUGUUACUGAAGAAGACAGGACAUGCGAUUAAUGAAGAGAAACCAAAAGAGAUGUACAAACACAUGAAAUCUUUUCUUUGCACUGACGCAAUGAUUCCUCAGAAUCACCAGAUCAAUGCUAAGAGACUCAUGUUAGCAAACUUGAUAUCCCCAGAUCAGCAGAUCAACAAGUGAUGUUACUGCAGAAAAAAAAAAAGUGUUGUUAGAAGACAUAAUAGUUAAUCAUGUUUUUAGCUUGUCCCUAAAUGUGAUUUGUAUCGUUAUUGUUAAAGAAAGACAUUGCUUCUAAUAGUUGGAAUUAAGAAUACUUUUAUUUCAAGAAAGUAAUAAUCAUGUUCUUGAAGCUUGCCUUUUCUUUCUCAUAAGGUUGUCAAUUUUAUUU